AUGGAGGAUGAAGAGGGCUACACGGUAUUAAACCUCCGGCCGAAGCAGAAACAACCAGGCCGCCUCCCGAGAGCUGGGCCCCAAGGUUUUGAAGUUUCCCAAUUGCCUGUCUUGUGUGAAGGACAGACCAGAGGAGCUACAAACGCAUCAGAGAAUGAUGGUGCCAGAAUCUUCAGUAGCACUGAAUGCAGCUCCUGCCUGGAGGAUUUCCGGUCUCGCUUGAAAUCAAUUCUGUGUGAACCCCACAAUGGCAGCUUGGCAGAGGGCUCCGGGUGCAAACUCUGCCCCAGGGACUGGCUGCUGCAUGGGGACGAGUGCUACUGGCUGUCUAAAGAGAGUAAAGACUGGACUGGGAGCCGUGACGACUGCUCGGGGAAGAGCUCUCGCAUGCUCGUGAUCCAGAACCGGGAGGAGAUGGAUUUCAUACAGGAUGUUACACAAGGUUCAAGCUACGUCUGGAUUGGACUUACGGUGACACCCGCAGGGGGGAAAUGGACCUGGGUGGACGGUUCCCCGUUAGAUCCAAUGCUCUUCCAAGUCUCAGGCUCUGCUGAAGGGAACAGCUGUGGCUGGAUAAGAGGCAGCCGGAUUCAGUCUGAGACGUGUGGUGCUGAGUUCAAAUGGAUCUGCCAGAAAGAAGCUGCCGUGAUAUAA